AUGGCGACCAGCUACUUUUCGGAGCGAGCUUCCCCAGCCUCGCAGGAUUUACUCUCACCGGCUUCCCCCGCGGUAGGCACACCUUCGCGUGGCAUAAAUGCUUUGUCGACUAGGAUCACCAGCGUCCUGUCUGCAUCUUACGCUGACCUCGAGAUCCGUGACGCACUGGAAACGCUCGAUACUCGUGGAGUGAAAAACACGGCAGAGACCAGGCGUCAACUUCGCUUGGAUGUUCAGAAAGAGGUGAUUCAAUGCAAUGGAGAGGUUGUCAAAGACUUUGGGCAAGUGGCAGAGCAACUCAAACGCAUAGGCACCGCGAUCAGCAGCUUGAAUAAGUGCUGCGAUGAGAUGCGCAGCCACAUUGCUGCGGCAAAUCGCGAGACUGGACCUGUUUUGGAAGAAGCAACAAGCCUCAUGCAGCAAAAGAAGCAAAUCGAGACCAAACAGCAAACAUUAAAUGCUUUCAGCUCACACUUCCUCAUCUCCGAAGAUGAGAUUACCGUCUUGACCUCCACUGCUGAGCCCGUUAAUGAGGAGUUCUUCCAGGCUCUGACAAGAGUCAAGAAGAUUCAUCACGAUUGCCAGGUGCUACUGGGAACAGAGGAUCAACGGCUGGGUCUUGAAGUACUUGAGAGAAGCUCAAAACAGAUAAAUGCAGCCUAUCAAAAGUUAUACCGCUGGAUUCAGCGCGAGUUCAGGACGCUUGACCUUGAGAAUCCACAGAUCAACGCCUCGGUCAGGCGGUCCCUCCGUGUGCUGGCAGAGAGGCCGACACUCUUCCAGAACUGUCUUGACUCAUUUGCUGAAGCCCGCGAGAACAUUUUAUCCGACUCAUUCCAUGCGGCAUUGACUGGUCAUACGUCGGAAUCCCAGAACCUUGCCACCAAGCCAAUAGAGUUUCAAGCUCAUGACCCUCUACGUUACGUUGGCGAUAUGCUUGCAUGGGCUCAUUCGACCACAGUGUCGGAACGAGAAGCUUUGGAGGUCCUGUUCAUCUCUGAUGGCGACGAGAUCAAACGAUCCAUUCAGGCAGGACUCGAGAGUGAACCCUGGCUUCGCGAUGAGGGUGACGAGGAUGUCUUUGACGGAAGGAAGGCCCUGAAUCAGCUUGUCAGCCGUGAUAUAACAGGCGUUGCUCGGUUAUUGCGUCAACGGACAGAGCAGGUUGUACAGAGCCACGAUGAUGCUACACUGGCGUACAAGAUCUCCAACCUAAUUGGUUUUUACAAGGGUACUUUCGUCAAGCUUCUCGGAGCUGAUUCUGAGGUACUGGAAGUCUUCGAUACGCUUGAAAGCUCUGCAAUGCGUCAAUUCCGCGCAAACAUGCGCGAUCAUGUCGCUGCAGUACAAGGGGACUUGGCGGUCGCGCCUGCUGACCUGUCACCUCCGGAAUUCUUGGAAGACGCUUUGCAGAUGCUCAGGGUUCUCGCAAAGAGCUAUGAUACGUCCGUCGCUGCAACUGACAGCAACGAAGAUGGCUUCCAUUCUGUCCUUGCCGAAACCCUCGACCCAUUCAUGGGUGGUUGUGAGAAUUUAGGCAAAAGCCUACAGGCACCGGAUAGCAACAUCUUCGCGCUCAAUUGUUUGAUGGCAGCUAAGACAGCAUUGACUUCGUAUUCUUUUGCUAAAGACCGUUUGAGUGAACUCGAGGAAACGAUCAGCGAGCACAUUGCACAACUAGUGGAAUAUCAGCACCAGUAUCUUACGUACACUUCAGGCUUGAACACCCUUCUGGACGCUCUGUCCGACAUCUCUGAUACGGCAGACAGCUUGAAGACCAUUCCUGAGCUGAAUGCUUUCAAACCGGAGGCCCUCGUAGGGGCAAGUCAGCAGCUGGACGAGUUUCUUCCAUCGGCUCUCAUUGAUGCAGCUGAGAAUCUCAAGCGAUUGCAAAACAGAACGAUUGUGCAAAACAUCACAGAGGAGGCAGCAGAGAGAUUUUGCGAAGAUUUUGAAUUUGUAGAGAGCAAGGUGAUAGCUGCAGAUGAUUUGCUAUACAAAGAGGAGGAGGAAGAGGAAGAGCCCGUUCCAACUCUGCGGGACCUCUUCCCUCGAACCAGCGGAGAGAUCAGAGUCCUCCUCAGCUAG